AUGCCGUCUCUCCUCUUUACAUGUUUCCUUGUCCAGUUACUCAUCCACCUCGUCAAUACUUUUGGUGCAGAUGCGAUCAAUAAUAUACUAUGGAAUCUCUACAAUAUGUUCCCAACACCAACAUCGCAGUCCGCGGGCGAGCAAAAGAAAUUGAAGCGAGAAUUCAUGAAAGUUCGUCAUGAAAUGAAUGCUACGAGCAGUCAAGACGAAUUUGCCAAAUGGGCGAAAUUGCGCAGACAGCACGACAAGUUAUUUGAUCAGUUGGAGAAAUCAAAAUCCUCCCUCGAUUCCACCAAAUCUACCUUCGAUUCCUCAAUUUCUACGCUCCGCUGGUUGGGCACGAAUGGUCUACGAAUGUUGUUACAAUUCUGGUUCUCAAAGCGAGCUAUGUUUUGGUUGCCCAAAGGAUGGUUCCCUUAUUACGCGGAGUGGUUGUUGAGUUUCCCUAGAGCGCCACUGGGAAGUAUCAGUAUACAAGCAUGGACACUUGCAUGCGCAGCUGUGAUUUUGUUGGUUAGUGAUGCCUUGGUUGCAGUGGUCGCGUUAGUUUUGGGAACACAAACUGGUGCAAAGGCGAACAAAAUGGAGGAGCCUAUGAAGGCUGGCGGACAAGGUGCAGAGAAGCCUGGCAAGAAAGAGUUGUGA